UCCAGGCAAAUCUAAAUUGUUGUUGGACAUAAGCGGUCGUCUCUGGUUUACGUAUAGAAGAAAGUUUUCGCCAAUCGGAGGGACAGGUCCUUCGUCAGAUGCUGGCUGGGGAUGUAUGCUGCGCUGUGGGCAGAUGAUGCUGGCACAAGCCCUGAUCUGCAGACACUUAGGAAGAGAUUGGCAAUGGGAAAAACACAAAAAACAACCAGAAGAAUACCACAGAAUCUUACGGUGCUUUCUAGAUAGAAAAGAUUGCUGUUAUUCCAUCCACCAAAUGGCACAGAUGGGUGUUGGCGAAGGAAAAUCAAUUGGAGAAUGGUUUGGACCAAAUACAGUUGCUCAAGUACUCAAGAAGCUUGCUUUAUUUGAUGAAUGGAAUUCAUUAGCGGUUUAUGUAUCUAUGGACAAUACAGUUGUCAUUGAAGACAUCAAGAAAAUGUGUUGGUCCCCUCCCCAGAGCAGCGGCGCGGCCCACCGCGCUGCACGUUUGCACAGAAGUGCUCUUGGCCGAAAUAAGAACACAGCAGGAUUCUGCACAGGCUGGAAGCCCCUCUUGCUUAUUAUACCUCUACGGCUAGGGAUAAAUCAUAUAAAUCCAGUAUAUAUCGAUGCAUUUAAAGAAUGCUUUAAGAUGCCACAGUCCUUGGGAGCAUUAGGAGGGAAACCAAAUAAUGCCUAUUAUUUCAUAGGAUUUUUAGGCAAUGAGCUGAUUUAUUUGGACCCUCACACCACCCAAAGUUUUGUAGAUUCAGAAGAAAAUGGCACAGUUGAUGAUGAGAGCUUCCACUGCCAGCAAGCCCCACACAGAAUGAAGAUCAUGAGUUUAGACCCUUCAGUAGCUUUAGGCUUCUUUUGCAAAGAAGAAUGUGAUUUUGAUAACUGGUGUACUCUUGUACAAAAGGAGAUCCUAAAGCAGCAGAGCCUACGGAUGUUUGAGCUGGUCCAGAAGCAUCCACCACACUGGCCUCCUUUCAUCCCUCCAGCAAAGCCAGAGGUGACAACUACAGGAGCAGAACUCAUUGAAUCUACUGACAAACUAUUUGAAGUGGAAGAAGAAUUUGAAAUCCUGAGUGUGUGAAGGAAACUGUGGUCACCCCUCUGAGUAUUGAACAUAUUGCUAAUAUUACUGCAUCGACUUAAAUCAAACAGCCAUGUUAGCCCCAAAGUGCCUGAGCUUUUGUGUAGAGCACAAAAGCCUAGUAGCAUCCAAAACUCCAACAGUGACAGUUCCUGCGCUCAAAGAGCUUCCCGAGAUAGAAAGGCAGCAAAAGAUCUUCUAAGAUGACCUGGAAAGGGAAGCUCUUUUUAAUGUGUGUCUUACCUGAAGACAAAUGGACUUUUGUAAUGAACGCAAAAACAAGUAUAUCACUGAGCUGUGUGCUUGGAGGAAGGGAUAACACCAAAUGGAUUUUUCUUGCUCUCAUGUAAAGCAAUAGUUUAGUUUUUAAAGCAAAACACUCUUCAGUUAAGGAGGAUGUUUACUUCUCUUCCCUCCUGUGGGCUGCAUCGUAGGAAAAACCUGUCUUGUCUUGUAUAAAAGAUCAACCGGAUCAGAAGAAAACUGUUUCCUUGUUAAAUAUUUUAACAUGCUUUUGAGCAACCAGACUUUAUUACAAAAACGUUUCUGUCAAAGGAACUGUCUAAUGUCUACGUUUGCAAUAGCCUUUCUGUUUCUGGGAAACCUCCAGAGCAACGGGGGACUCAAAUAGCUGGUGCAGAUCACAACCGCUGUUAAGAGUUAUAUUCCACCUUGACCCUAAAAGUCAGAUCACUAAAACUUAGUCUGACUUUUCUUUUGAGAGCUGACAUGAACCCAAGGUGGUUUAUCUGUACCUUAUUUAUUUCAAAAAAGAUUUCUCUGUUACAGCACUUUAUCUGUGCAUCUGAUACAUUUCUUAAGCUUUUCAUAGGUUGUACGCUGCUACGUUUUCUUAAUUUGUUUGUGUGAACUAAAUAUAAGCCAGGUUAUCUUAAAACUUAAUAUAUAGGUAUGUGCAAAUGACUUAAUUGUUGUUUUCGGCUUGCUGCCUUCUGAAGCCUGUUUUGGUAAAAGUGCCUUCAUUCUACAGGUUUAUCAGCACAGCCGGUGUGUUUUUAUUUCUAGGGCAGAGAAUCUCUCCAGCAGCCGUAGGAAGCACAGCUCAGAAUGACUAAAGGCAAAGGUCUUUCAAUCCAUUAUAAAGUUUGUUUUUACUCUCUGGCAGUUCCCACUGUGGUUGUUUUUGUCACGGCAGUGUAACGGGCACGAAACACGCAGUUUCAUCUUCACCAAUAAAUGCCAACACAGAGACCAAGUGAAUGCUGUCUCCUCUCACUCGCAGCUCUUGAUCAGGGCCAGCCUGAUCUCCAGGAAAACAGUUCACCACGUUCUAUUUCAUCUUUGCCUCCCAUGGUUAUUACCCGUAGUGUGGAAACUCUACGCUCAGAAGCUGCUUCGUAGUUCAUGACCAUCCUCUCGGCAAUUGUAGCUCGCUACUCCCCACAGCAGAGGUACGGCACUACAAAGCUUCUGGGCACUAUAAAGGUGUACAGAGGAAAGCAUUCAUUUUCUUUGUCAGGUGCCGGAAACACUUUGUCAGGAAGGCCCUGUGCAAGAGCGAGGUUGGAAGCACAACGGAGCGAGAGCUCGGCACACUUCAGGGUAGGUGGUCACAGAUGCAUUCUACCCUCCCUCCUUUAACCAAGCCAGCAGCAGUUCAGUUCAGGCUCCAGCGG